AUGGCUGAUACCUCGGUCAAUGCCUCAGAGGUGAAGGAUAUUGAGCAUACGUCGGAUCGAUUCUAUACAAAACGACCUCAGCCUUUACCGACAUCCCACGCCCCGAAACUGCCCUCCCCCUUUCCGUCACCCACAGGGAGCAAGCACGCUACCGAGGAUCACGCGAGCAAUGGCGGAUUUGUACGCGAUGAAGAAAAUUCGUACAACAAUAAUCGAAAAUCUCGCGGUGGAAUUAUCAGCGGGACGUCCGAAUCAUGGGAUACAGAAAACCACGCUACGCUAAGCCUACGACGACCGAAUGAAUCGGUCGAGAGCGCCAACAGACAGGGACUUAACCAGCAGAAAACGCCGAGUUCAAUCCCGGCCUCUAUUGCAUCACCUCCUCGCGCAAGCGUGCAAUUUUCCCGACAGAAUUCUGAAAUAGAACCCGCUAUCGAGAUUUCGCAGUCUCGACCCCCUUCCGUCGCAGGCGACGAUACUGACCCAGUUAGGGGAAGGCAGUCGCUAUUUACGAAGCUGAAGGCAUUUGCGGCUGCCCCGCCGUUUACUUCCCACGCGCGCUCGGUCAGCAAUGCAACAAUAUCAGAUACCCGGUUUGCUAGCAAUGACUUGUCCACCCCAGCCUCCGAGAGGGGAGAGUUCCGGUUUCCGAACACACUCGAGGAAGAAGGAAGUGAUAUAGAUGCCGACGCGGAGGAGAGUGCAGGAGAACAGCAAUCUCGUGAGCCGCGGAAGAAACGACGAUUCCGUCGAGGCCAAGAUACUGACUCGGCCCCGCAAACCGAGCCUAACACGCCAAAAAAUAGCCGCCCGUCGUUCCAUCUGUAUGGUUCCUUUGCACCGUUUGAUAACUACAGACCUAGUUUCUUUCAGCGGAGGGAAAGCGCGAAUGACAUACACCAACAGCGGGAGGGCGUCUCGGAAGACGAGGGCCGUGAUCGCUUAAGCAGGGAUGCUGCAUGGAGGCGGCGAAGCGCCUGGCUCACAAACUCGCGUGGCCUGACUUACGGUGGCCGACAGACAGACAACCAAACUAAUCAAGAUGACAAACGACCAAGUAAUCUUCGACGCAUAACUGGUAUAGGAGGACCUUCCGAAAAUGGGGAAGGGCUGGCCCCGCCCUGGAGGCGUCACCGGGCUGACCGUGGCUCUAGCCUAAGUGCCCAAAAAUGGAGACAAAUCAAGGCUGGAUUGAAGCUGAUCGGGCGACGCAAGGCUGAUAACACUGUUGAUCAUGCCAAAUCCGCAGAAUUGCUGGCUGAGCUGGCGUCCGGUAUUCCAGCUGCCUUACUUUUAGCCAGCAUGUUUCAACGGGAUGAACAUGGAAGUAAGCGGAUUCCGAUACUUCUCGAGCAACUUAAGGUUCGAGUCACGGACAGCAAAAUCGACUCUCACUCCGGAGAUCGUCACCUCGUCUUUCGAAUUGAACUAGAGUACGGGAGCGGCAUGACACGCAUGAAAUGGAUUAUCCACCGAACGCUGCGCGACUUUGCAAAUCUCCACCUGAAGUACAAGCUUCAUUUUGGGACCCAGAAGUACAUCCAGCUGCGCACCCCUGAAAGCGGCCAGAGUCUUCCACGCUUCCCCCGGAGUGCCUUUCCAUAUCUGCGGGGCGUUCGUGGAUUGGAGAGUGAGGGGGAAGACGAAGAUGACGAGGCUGGGUAUGAAACCGCCCCCGAUGCGACUAGCGGCAACGAGAGGGCUGGAAGAAGGCAGCCGCCAGCUUAUGGGCGACGACGGUCUUCUGUUGGUAUCACCCGAAGAUUGUCGAGUUUAACCGGCGGCGAGGGCGAGACUGGCGCAGGAACUGCUGGGGAGGGCGGUCCAACAACUAAGAGGGAUACUUAUCCGGAAAGACAGCGGAAGAAGUUGGAAGCCUACCUCCAGAAACUAAUCCAUUUUUUGAUCUUCAAGCCUGAUAGUAAUCGUUUGUGCAAGUUCCUUGAGCUGUCUGCGCUGGGGGUUCGUCUUGCAGCUGAAGGCAGCUACCACGGCAAAGAAGGAUACUUGAUGAUUCAAUCCUCAAAGGGCCUUGACUUUCGAAGAGCUUUCAACCCUGGGAUGAUGAAGAGACGGCAUUCGCCCAAAUGGUUCCUCGUCAGGCACAGCUACGUUGUCUGUGUCGAUUCGCCCGAAGAGAUGAAUAUCUACGAUGUGUUCUUGGUCGACCCAUUCUUCAAACUUCAGACCCAGAAGGUUAGCUUGCGCCAUCAGAAAGCAAAGGAACUCGCGAAAUCGGCAACAGAAUCAGCAAGGCAUCCGCAGCACCACACGCUAAGACUCGAGAAUUCCGAGCGGAAACUCAGGCUCUUGGCUAGAAACGAGCGCCAACUUCACCAAUUCGAGGACUCGAUCCGGUUCAUGGUUAGCAAUACCCCUUGGGGUAAACCGAAUCGCUUUGAGAGUUUUGCCCCAGUCCGUCAGCAUUGUUUCGCUCAGUGGUUGGUGGACGGACGUGACCACAUGUGGGUGGUAUCCAGAGCCAUCAACCAGGCCAAGGAUGUAAUCUACAUACACGAUUGGUGGUUGAGUCCUGAAUUGUACAUGCGGAGACCAGCGGCAAUCAGCCAAAAAUGGCGACUUGAUCGUCUUCUUCAGCGGAAGGCCCGUGAGGGUGUGAAGGUCUUUGUCAUUAUGUACCGCAAUAUCAACUCGGCCAUUCCAAUCGACUCGGAGUAUUCCAAGUUCUCACUACUGGACUUGCAUCCCAACAUUUUUGUUCAGCGAUCACCUAACCAAUUCCGGCAGAAUACUUUCUUCUGGGCACAUCACGAGAAACUGUGUAUCAUUGAUCACACACUGGCUUUCGUUGGUGGAAUCGAUUUAUGCUUCGGACGAUGGGACACACCGCAGCAUCUCCUCACGGAUGACAAACCAACCGGAUUUGAGACCCCUGGUGGCCAGAAAGACACAGAUAACUGUCAGUUGUGGCCAGGCAAGGACUACUCGAAUCCACGCAUACAAGACUUUUAUGACUUGGAUAAGCCGUACGAGGAAAUGUAUGAUCGCAACGUUGUUCCCAGGAUGCCUUGGCAUGAUAUUUCCAUGCAUGUAGUUGGCCAACCGGCAAGAGACCUUACUCGCCAUUUUGUUCAACGGUGGAACUACAUUUUGCGACAAAGGAAACCCACACGCCCGACGCCAUUCCUAUUACCACCCCCAGAUUUUGAGCCAGCAGACUUGGAGGCUCUUGGCCUUGAUGGAACCUGUGAGGUUCAGAUAUUGCGCUCUAGUAGUGUAUGGUCUACGGGUACACCAGAGGUCACCGAGCACAGUAUCAUGAACGCAUAUGUGAAGCUGAUCGAAGAGUCUGAGCACUUUGUGUACAUCGAGAACCAGUUUUUCAUCAGUACUUGCGAGAUUGAUGGCCGAAAAAUUGAAAAUUUGAUUGGCGACGCCUUAGUGGAGCGGAUCACCAGAGCGGCAAAGAACAAAGAGGCAUGGCGUGCGGUCAUUGUCAUUCCGCUAAUACCAGGCUUUCAAAACACCGUCGACAGCGAAGGUGGAACGAGUGUUCGUUUGAUCAUGAUGUGCCAGUACCGCAGUAUUUGCCGUGGUGAAACGUCCAUCUUCGGGCGGUUGCGGGCCCUUGGGAUCGAACCCGAGGACUAUAUACAUUUUUUCAGUCUCAGGUCCUGGGGCAAGAUCGGUCCCCAGAAACAGCUCGUCACCGAACAACUCUAUAUCCAUGCGAAAUGUAUGAUCGUGGACGACCGGGCAGCAAUCAUUGGAUCUGCUAAUAUCAAUGAAAGGUCUAUGCUAGGAUCGCGAGACUCAGAGGUCGCGUCAGUAGUUCGUGAUACGGAUAUGAUCUGGUCCACCAUGAACGGCCGGCCUUACCUUGUCGGAAGAUUUCCACACACACUUCGCAUGCGUCUUAUGAGGGAGCAUCUUGGGCUCGAUGUCGACGAAUUAAUGGAGCACUCCUUAGCAACAGAGGAAGAACUCCGAAAGAUCCAGAUUGAUGAAGAGGAGCCCAAGCCGCCUCGAAUGGCUAACCUCGACUCCGAGUCAUUGAUGUUGGAGAAGCAAGAUGAAAGGGAGAUGAUUGAGCGUCGUCAUCGUAUACAGGACGAGUUUCUAUCACGUUCCGAAGAUUUACACAGUUUUAACCACGACGUCGAUUGGGAGCAGGGUAAUAAUCCGAACCUGAAGUCGAACAGAAAACUCACUGCGGAUGCGAGGGUAACCUCCAACCAAGAACAUAAGAAGGAUGUCGAUGGGUUCGGUGCCGACAAUCUGCAUGUCGCUGAGCAGCACGGCCUGGGUAAUUCUCGCGAUUCAGAGAUUCUCAAUAAUCGACGAGAAGUUUUACUUUCUCCUCUAGCCAGUGAGGGUAAGGGCACUGUCCUGCAGCCAAAACCUGCCCCUAGGAAGAGCUCGCAGCCGCAUACUGGUUCAGAUAGUCAAGAACCCAUUGCGACGCCAUCUGCCUUGGCGUCCGAAGAUGGAGAAAACUCUCAAGUCGUGGAAGGAAUGCCAGCAGCCCAUAACCCAUCUCUAGCGCUUUCACAAGACGGCAGCUUGCUUUCAGCAUUGACUAGGGACAAGUUCGACAUCUCGAAAUUCGCGUCUCCAGUUGGGCAGGAUGUGAAGCAUAUUUUCGUUGACAAAGACUGCAUGAGGGACCCUGUCGUCGAUGUGUUUUACUUGGAUACUUGGCUUGCUGUGGCGGAAAAGAAUACUAAAAUAUUUCGAAAUGUCUUUCGCUGUAUGCCUGACAGCGAGGUCAAAUCUUGGAGAGAAUACAAAGAGUACGCUGCUUAUGCAGAACGGUUUUCUGAGAUGCAGAAUCACCACACCGCGAAGGCCUUUAACCCACAUCAUCAACGACAGACAGGGCCCCCCGGCGCGGGAACCACCUGGGCCACGCAACUGAAGCCGAACAUCUCACUACCUUUACACCGUACGGGAAGCCAUGGUACCGAACAGAAGAGUCAGACGCCAACAGACGAAAAGUCCGAAUCAAACCUAAACGAACAACCGCAGUUUGCGCAGGCUAAUCAGGAAACCAGCCAGGUUAUCGCAUCACCAGAGAACGAAAAAUCCACCUUGAAACCGACGGACGUUCCUGGAAUCAGUACUGAGCGUCAUUCGCGACAAGAGGAUACCGUCUCUUCUGGGGAUGACAUCGACAGACAGCGUUCAGAGGCGCCUCAAGUCGACUACUCGGAGGCGCUAAACCGGAACGCCACCAAUCGCUCACGGCGUCGAAGACGCAGAGCCACUACACUGGGCUCAAAGCGGGAUUUCACGACCGACGAAGUCAUGGACAAGCAGACAGCGGAAGAUCUCCUCAACCAGGUCCAAGGGCACCUCAUCCUCUGGCCUUAUGACUGGCUCGAGAAGGAAGAACAGGGUGGAAACUGGCUUUACACCCUCGAUCAAAUUUCUCCUCUGGAAAUAUAG